GUAACAAACUGAUAGCAGAAGAAGAAAGCAGUUUCAUAAUAUUUACAUUGAGAGACGACCACAGUGCGAAGAGCCUUCUUCUGAUGUUGAUAGUACAGUUUUGAGAAGUGUCUUACCAUCAUGGAGACUAUAGGUGACUAUCUAAAUAUGUUCAACAUUGAAGUCAGCCGAUUUUCCGUGACAUUUUCUCUCAUCCUUAUUUUUCUGGGUCUUCUCUACUGGUACUCGGUGUAUCCGUUCUCGGUCCUUUCUCGAUGUGGUAUCAAACAUCCAAAGCCAGUGCCUUUCUAUGGAAACAUAUUCAUGUUUCGGGAGGGUUUUUUUAAACCUCUUAACAACAUUAUAAAGACAUAUGGUAGAGUGUGUGGGUAUUAUUUGGGUCGUAGACCAGUGGUGGUGAUAGCAGACCCUGAUAUGCUCAGACAAGUGAUGGUCAAGGACUUCAGUAGCUUCCCAAACAGAAUGACUCUUCGAUUUGCCACCAAGCCCAUGACCGACUGUCUGCUCGUGCUGAAGAAUGAACAGUGGAAGAGAGUGCGGAGCAUCCUGACACCAUCCUUCAGUUCUGCCAAAAUGAAAGAAAUGGUUCCUCUUAUCAACACAGCUGCUGAUGCUCUGAUAAAGAACCUGAAUGUCCACGCUGAGUCAGGAGAGCCCUUUGACAUCCACAGGUGUUUUGGCUGCUUUACCAUGGAUGUCAUUGCCAGUGUGGCAUUUGCGACUCAGGUGGACUCACAAAACAACCCAGAUGACCCAUUUGUCCAUCAUGCUCAGAUGUUCUUUAGCUUUUCUUUUUUCAGGCCUAUGAUGUUGUUUUUCAUUGCCUUUCCUUCUAUCAUGGCUCCCUUUGCAAGAUUUAUCCCAAACAAAAGACGAGACCAGAUGAAUCAGUUCUUCAUCACCUGCAUUCAGAAGAUCAUCAAACAGAGAGAGGAGCAACCUCCAGAUCAGAGGCGUAGAGACUUCCUUCAGCUGAUGCUAGAUGCUCGAACCAGCAAAGAGUGUGUGUCAUUGGAGCACUUUGACACAGCAAGCAAUGCGGACGAGAUAGAAAACAGGAGCCAUCAGGUGCAGUCGUUAUCUUCAGAUCAAGAAAAUGGACAUCCACACUCGCAGGAGUCGCCCAACAGGCGCCCACAGAAAAAAAUGAUGACUGAAGAUGAGGUUAUUGGUCAGGCUUUUGUCUUCCUCCUGGCAGGCUACGAAACCAGCAGCAACACUUUAGCUUUCACCUGCUACUUGCUAGCACUGCAUCCUGAAUGUCAGCAAAAAGUUCAUGAGGAGGUGGAUGAUUUCUUCACCAGACAUGAUUCACCAGAUUACACAAAUGUCCAGGAGCUGAAGUAUUUGGACAUGGUUGUAAGCGAAGCAUUACGUCUCUACCCUCCUGGAUUCAGGUUUACAAGAGACAUUGAUCAAGACUGUGUGGUAAAUGGCCAGUUUCUUCCUAAAGGAGCAUCAUUAGAGAUUCCAGCAGGUUUCCUCCAUUAUGAUCCAGAGCACUGGCCUGAGCCAGAGAAGUUCAUACCAGAGAGGUUUACACCAGAGGCAAAGGCUAGUCGCCACCCAUUCGUAUACCUGCCGUUUGGGGCUGGACCCCGUAACUGUGUGGGAAUGAGGCUUGCCCAGCUGGAAAUCCGAAUGGCUUUGGUUCAUCUGUUCCGCAGGUUCCACAUCGUGGCAUGCUCUGAGACCAAGGUUCCUCUUGAGUUAAAGUCAUCAAGCACUCUUGGACCCAAAAACGGCAUUUUUGUGGAAAUGACAAGAAGAGACGGAGGAGAAAGGCUCGGGGAUUCGCCGUGAGAUGAUCAGAAACUCAUCUUUAUUCCUCUUAGAAGGUAGAGGAAUUCCAUAAAACAGGACAAACCAUCCUUCAAGUUGCACUGAAGUGUCAUCAGCUCUUCUUUCUUGAUUUAUAUUGUUACUGAAACUCGGCAUUCCUCGAUUAUUGAGCCUAACUAGUGGAAAGUGGCCUAAACUAAUGAUCAUGUUGCUGCUGUAAUGACAAAGUUGCUGUGUCUAAGUACUCUUCACUUGUCUAAUCAGACACUCUGGUUGCUGAAUGUUUGGUCUUUCUUGCUGUGAAGAUGGGUCUGGCUGUGUGAGAUGAGGGCUGCAGUCAAAUAGUCCUUCUAUGAGGGCUUGUCCAAGUACUUUAUGUAGCUUGCAUUAAACAAUUGGAUACAAACACACAGGGAAAAAUAUCUAAAAUGAACUAUUUCUAGCAUUUAUUUUGCACCAAGAAUGUCUUGUGAGUAUUUAAUUAUUUUCCUUCAUAUUUUUCUUUGACCUCAGUGGACAUACUUUAACUUAGAAAAGUUUGUGGAAAAAUGGAGAAAUUCAUUUUAAAAGGUGAAAAAAGGGGCAAAUUCUGAAAACACUGAAAACACUCACUUCCUUAUAAUGUUCAUAGCAAAUUACUUACCCUGAAAAUUAUUUGCUUCUCAUUGAUUUAACAAACUUUUUUGAUAAAGCUUUCUUUCUAUUUUUCUGAAUUAUAGUUUUAUUUUGCACUUGCACAUCAGUUUAUCAGUGAAUUUAAUCCCUGUUGAUAAACAUGAUGCAAACCUGCAGAGCUUGGUAGCUGUGGUUGAUCUGUUACACUUCUCCAGGUUUGUUACCUUAACCUAAUAAUUUUCACUUUCUGUUACCAAAUUCCCUUUUUAACUUGUUUAACAGAGUUCUGUUCAUUUUACUUCGCUUAUCACCAUAAAGACAAGUGAUGCCUCACAGACAUCACUUACUCUACAUCCUACCGGGAGCGCAUCUCCAGCUUCCUGUUUUACUUAGUUAAAAUGUAUGCCUGACUGGAGUGGAUACAACUUUUGCUUUCUGAAGAUAUCCAUAAAUACUUGGAUUGAUUAUUUAAAUAUAACAAAAGAAUAUAACUAGGUUAUUAGAUUCCUCCAGUGUAAUUAACCAACAUGCAGGAGUUGAACUGACAGGAAAGGGUGCAUGUUUUUUGCAAGAGGAUGGACCAGUUACAUGAACCAUUACUAGAAAAAAAGAUUGAUAACAUUAAUUUGAUUAGUCAGAUAGGAUUUCUUUUCAUGAAGCACUGUAAUACUUUAAUACAUAGGAGUUAAAGCCUAUUAUUACUUCGUAAUGAAGUCAUAAAUGAUCAUAUAUUACAUCAUUUCUGAUUUGGUUUGACGUUUUGCUUUUCGGGAUGACUGGGAAUGGAUUUUAACGUUGAAUGUACACAAUGAUUUGCAGAUUUAUUCAGUUUCAAUUAAACAAAUAUAGCAGAUUUUUGAAUAAUGUAUAUUUAAAUAGGUACAAUUUUUCAUUUAAAUUUUUUUUAUGUGAGAUCAACUUUGAAAUAAAAAGGUUAACAUGG